CGAAUUUGAAUUAGGCACUUAAGAAUCGUCGCUAAAAGGAUACUAUUAAUACAAAAAAAAAAUUAAAUCUAUAAUGAUAUUUAACAUUGUUUAAAUAGUAGUCGUAUUAAUUUUAUUAUUUGAGUAUUAUAUGUUAUCAUCAAGCAAACCGGUUUCGCUAAGUAUGGUCUAACAUAUUUCGUGUCAAAUCUCAAUUGAGGAAAAUCGAACAAGUUAGUGAAUCUCGAUUGUUACGAAAAUGUGGCUAAAAAAUGUUGUCUUAUUCUUAAUAUUCCAAAUUAUCAUCGCCGGAGAAGUUGGCGAUAAUUGCAUACCGAACGAAGAUGUUGAAGAAGGAAUUUGCAAAUCCGUGAUCGAUUGUGAGGUAGCAAUAAGAACAAUACAACAAUUUGGAAACCAUCCUUUUAGAAGAUGUGGUUUUCAUAAAGAUAUGGAAAUUGUAUGUUGCCCAACUACAAAAUAUGUAGUACCAAAACCAACAAAAAAACCUGCCACCAAACCAACAGCGGAUAAAUUUGGUGAUACAAAUACUCGCUCUCUAAGAAUUGCAGAUAAGGAAUGCCAGAAGAUUGUUGAGACAAGCUUGCCCCCGCUAGGUUUACAUAUAAUAGGUGGGGAAACUGUAUCACUUGGGGAAUUCCCACACAUGGUGGCGCUGGGGUAUGAACGAACUGAUGGUUUCGACUUUCUCUGUGGCGGGUCAUUGGUAUCGCGAACGUUCGUCCUUACCGCUGCUCACUGUGUGGACACUUUGGACCAGGUGAAGCCGAGUAUAGCUCGCAUGGGAACCAUAGAGAUUGGCGACAGACAGUGGAGCGACGAGACAGACGGAAGAAUAAAUGAAAUUAUAACAAACCCGUCAUACAAAAGGCGCACUAAAUACCACGAUCUGGCUUUAUUGAGGUUAGAGAGUCCGGCGCAGUUUUCAACGAAUUUAAACCCUGUAUGCCUGUACACUAAAACCGAUAAUCCUAGAGUGCCACUAACGAUCACCGGUUGGGGUAAAACUAGUACCACAAGAGACGUAAAAAGUACGUUAUUGCUGAAAGCUAACGUAACCGUUGUACCAAGGGCUAAGUGUGGUGAAUCCUAUACGAAUUGGCGGAAACUUCCCGAGGGUAUUUCCGAAGAACAGAUCUGCGCGGGAGAUCCCCAAGGACUACGAGAUACUUGCCAGGGCGACUCGGGCGGGCCGCUGCAGGGGCUGACGGAGCGCGACGGGCAGUACCGGCUCGUGGGCAUCACGUCGUUCGGGCGCGGCUGCGGCUCGCCCGUGCCCGGCGUGUACACGCGCGUCUCGCACUACCUCGACUGGAUCGAGAGCGUCGUCUGGCCGCCCUCUAACUAGACCAGAUCUUAAUAUUAUUAUGGACAUUUAGUGGUAAAGAUCUAAUGAGGACUCGAAUAGAAAUUUAUGUAUAGAUAUCGAUAACCCGAGGCCACUUUCUUCAUAUCUUCAACUUGUAGGAUGCAUUAUUUAGUACGUAGUCCGUCCGUAGUCAAAUCUUUGGUUCUCCCAUUCUUUUGUACACAAAAUUCGUUGUACACAACGUAGUGACAAUUUGAAUGUUCAAUAUCAAAAGAGGAGCGAAGGAUUAAUUUAUUGGAUAUUAUUAUACUGUUUCGUUAAUUUAAAUAGCUUUACUCUUUCCAAUUUUGUUUAAAAUAUCAUGUAAUUCAAAAUUUGCUUCGUUUAAUUUCGACGUUAACUAUUGAAGUUCAUAUACAUUCGAAUUGAUUUAUUCUAGUUAAUUAGUGACCAUUCAUACAUUAUACAUUAAUUAUAGCCCUUCAAAUUUAUAUGUAAUGUAAACAAUGGGCACAAAUUAUGGGCUUAUGUCUACUUCUCUGGGAUUCUGCUCUGAGCAUUUUUUACGUAGUUGUAAAAAUGUAAAAAACCUCUACUAAGUAAUAUAAUGUAUAUGUAGAACUCGAGCAAUGUGAUAUGUUUUCGCUCCUAGCGGUUGCUAAUUAUUUUAUCUAGCAUUGAUUCUUUCCACUAAUAGUUUUAGAUGUAGAAAUUUUUACUUGAUGCUUAAUACCGACGACAAUUUUAUACUACUUACCAUAGUCGCGGUCCUAUACGUUACUUAACUUUAUAAAUGUGUAUAUCUACUACAUGAGCAAAUUAUAUAGAAAUUUGCUAAGUAUAGCAUGAUUACUCUUUUUGUUACAAUUUAAUAAAGAAUGCAUAUGUAGAACAAAAAAUGUUAGUCCUCUGUCACAUUAUGUAUUCCUAAUAUUGAACAGCUCUUGUAACAUUAUAGUAGGUACUAAAAUGUGGCGCUCUUGUAUCUGUCUCUCUCUCUCUAUAUAUAAAUAUUUACUGAUAUACUUGUCAUGGUUAUUUUAUUCUAUGUUUAUCCGCCGUAAUAAAUUGAAUAAAAUUAAAAUUGUCAAGUCUCAUAAAUAUGGUGCACUAGUCAAUGAAGAAAAACGAAGCUCUCUAUUUUUAGUAAAAUAUUUUUGUGAUUUAAAUAUUUUUGUCUUAGCAUAUUUUUACAUCAAUACCGAAGUUUCUGAAUAUGUAAUGAAAUGUGAAUAAAUAUUUAUACUUUUUUAA